GCGAAUUGACAUCAUCAUGGAAAGUAGACUAGUUCAAGCAACUUGUCAUACGGCAGAUUUUCCUGCUGUGGAGGCAGAGCUGCGAAAAUGGGAAGAAGUAGAAGCUGUGGGUUCUUUUCGUAAGAAGCAAAACAAUAAAAAGGAUUUAACAACGGUGUUUAUUACUUUCUCUCCAGGACAUUCGACUGAAGAAGCUUCCUCAAGGCUAGCCACACUGAAGGAGUUGAUAGUGGAAGAGCCGAAAAUUAAACAACCUGGCGGUGGAAACGCAAGCAAUCGAAGGCAUAAAAACUUGGCGUCGGAAUUGUUAAAUUAUGUGUCCCAAGAGGAAAAGGCGCCAAUAAAAGAGAGUUCACAUCAAAAGGAUAGAACGCCUUACCAAAACAAACGAAACUCGCGUCAGCCACCCAAAGGAGAAUCAAAUGCUGCUCCGAACAAUUUGCGACAAGGGCGCGGCCGUGGCUUUGGUAGAGGGCAAAGGAAUGAGCAUUACGCCAACGGUCAAUCGCGUGGAAAUCGGCAGCAAUUUCAACGGCUGCCUCCCUUAGAAGCAAAUGUUGCAUUUGUUGAUAACAUUCCAUUUGGGACGACAAAUGAUCAACUAAUGGAUAUUUUUUCUCCUUAUGGACGAAUUCUUGAUAUAAACCGGCUUGACUUGAUGGCGAUGAUAUGCUACGAUAACCCAGAUUCAGUUCAGGAGUGCAUUCAACAUGUGAAUGGUAGCAAGAUACAUAAUAACAUUGUCUCCGUGAGCAGUGGGACUGCUCUCAUUCCAGGAAAUAUUGCAAUGCACCUUGGUUUGUAAUUAUAAAUAACCUAAUAAGAAUCUUUUUUAUUGGAAAGUUAACACGCGAUAAACAAAUUUCAUAUCAUAUAGUAAUACACAGUUGACUUGCUAAUAUA